GUUGACAAAUUAAUUACAGAAAGCACUGCAGAACGUACAUAUAUACUGGGCUUAGUUCGCCGACACUAUUGCGUAUAGCCUCUCCUCCUACUCUUUUUAUUUCUACCUAUAUCUAUCAUCGUAUGCAAAGCUCAAAUUUCCAUACGUUAACUUUUCUGAACUUCGCUCACCUCUCAAUCGCCCUUUCAUUCCUCUCUCUCUCAAAGUUAGAUAAACAAACAAAAUGGUGCAAUCAAAGAAGUACAGAGGCGUCAGGCAGCGUCAUUGGGGCUCUUGGGUCUCAGAAAUCCGCCACCCAAUACUGAAGAGAAGGGUGUGGCUAGGCACAUUUGGGACAGCCGAAGAAGCAGCUCGAGCAUACGACGAAGCUGCCGUUCUGAUGAGCGGACGAAAUGCCAAGACCAAUUUCCCAACAUCUAUUACAACUCAGAGUAAGAGUACUCGUGCCACAGUAGGAUCAUCCGAUCACCCAAAAACUAGUAGUGGUGACUUGGAUUCACCAUCCGGACCGAAGGGUUUGUCGGAAAUAUUGCAUGCCAAGCUAAGGAAAUGCAGCAAGAUACCGUCCCCAUCCAUGACCUGCUUGAGGCUCGACAAUGAGAGCUCUCACAUUGGAGUGUGGCAAAAGCGGGCAGGUCAACGCUCUGAUAACUCCAAUUGGGUCAUGACUAUUCAGCUUGGCAAGAAGAAGAAUAAUAGUAAUGUUGAUACUAAUAAUGCUGAUGAUCACAGUGUUGUACCAUCACAGCUAAUGUCGAAUUCAGAUCAGUCGGCUUCGAUUGCAACAUCAUCAGAGAGGGCGCCCGAACUCAUGGCGGAGAUUGAUAAAGAAGAGAAAAUUGCGUUGCAGAUGAUAGAAGAGCUGCUUAACAGAAAUUGCCUAAGUCCUGAUUUAUCAUUUGGCAUUCAUCAAGGGGAGGAAAAAAUUUAGUUGUAGUAGUACUACUCUUAUUUAAUUACUAGCUAUUUGUGUUUGUUUGGUAAAAUUAAGUAAGUAUAGUGUUAUAUAUACCCAUCUAAAUAA